GCCAGCCUUUGCAGGGCGCGCGGUGUCCACAGCGCGCAUAGGCUCAGGAGCACGUCCAAGGUCGCAGACUGGCUGGGCCGGCUGGGGGCGGCGGCCGAGGGCGGGGACUGGAGCUGGGGAGCCCUGUGCGGUCCGGUCCCCGGCGCCCGAGCUCCUCUGCAGCAUAGCGCCCAAUACAUGGAGGCUUCCUCGGAGUCCGGGCCCAGUCCCGGAGGGCCCCCGGUGGCCUCCGAGCGCCGCGGGCUGCGCUGCCCGCUGCUCUCUGGCUUCCGAGAGGAGCUGCAGGCGCUCCUAGUCCUGGCCGGUCCUGCGUUCCUGGCCCAGCUGAUGAUAUUCCUGAUCAGUUUCAUCAGCUCCGUGUUCUGUGGCCACCUGGGCAAGCUGGAGCUGGACGCCGUCACCCUGGCCAUUGCGAUUAUCAAUAUCACUGGCAUUUCUGUGGGACAUGGCUUAUCUUCUGCUUGUGACACACUCAUCUCCCAGACUUACGGGAGCCAGAACCUGAAGCACGUGGGUGUGAUCCUGCAGAGGGGCAUGCUCAUCCUGCUACUCUGCUGCUUCCCCUGCUGGGCACUCUUCCUCAACACCCAGCAUAUCCUGCUGCUCUUCAGGCAGGACCCAGACGUGUCCAGGCUUACCCAUACCUAUGUCAUGAUCUUCAUUCCAGCUCUUCCCGCAUCCUUUCUUUAUACAUUACAAGUUAAAUACCUGCUCAACCAGGGAAUCGUUCUGCCCCAGAUUGUGACCGGAGUUGCAGCCAACCUUGUCAAUGCCUUUGCCAACUAUAUAUUUCUAUAUCAGCUGCACCUUGGAGUGAAGGGCUCAGCGCUGGCCAAUACCAUUUCCCAGUUCACCCUGGCUCUUCUCCUCUUUCUCUACAUCUUGGGAAGAAAACUGCACAAGGCCACGUGGGGAGGCUGGUCCCUCGAAUGCCUGCAGGACUGGGCCUCCUUCCUGCGCCUGGCCAUCCCCAGCAUGCUCAUGCUGUGCAUUGAGUGGUGGGCCUACGAGAUCGGGAGCUUCCUGAGCGGUGUCCUUGGCACAGUGGAGCUGGGAGCCCAAUCCAUUGUGUAUGAGCUGGCUGUCAUUGUGUUCAUGGUCCCUGCAGGCUUCAGUGUGGCUGCCAACGUCCGGGUAGGAAAUGCAUUGGGGGCUGGAAACAUCGAACAGGCAAAGAAGUCCUCGGUGGUCGCCCUGCUGGUCACAGAGCUCUUUGCUGUAACCUUUUGUGUCCUGUUGUUAAGCUGUAAGGACCUUUUGGGGUAUAUUUUCACUACCAACAGAGAUAUCAUCGCCCUGGUGGCUCAGGUGAUUCCAAUUUAUGCUGUGUCCCACCUCUUUGAAGGCCUUGCUUGUACAUGUGGUGGCAUCCUGAGGGGAACUGGAAACCAGAAAGUUGGAGCCAUUGUUAAUGCCGUUGGUUAUUAUGUGAUUGGUCUUCCCAUUGGGAUUGCACUGAUGUUUGCAGCUGAGCUUGGAGUAGUCGGUCUGUGGUCAGGGAUUAUCAUCUGCGCCGUCUCUCAGGCUGUGUGUUUUCUGGCCUACAUUGCUCAACUCAAUUGGAAACAAGCCUGCCAGCAGGCUCAAGUGCAUGCCAACCUGAAGGCAAAUGUGGCCCUGAGUGAGAAUUCUGCAGUCUCUCAGGAUCCAGUUUACCCAGACUUGAUUCUCUCAUACAGUAGCAUGAAUUGUCAUACAUCUCCCGCAUCACAUCUGGAGUUACACUGUUUGCCAGAUACUGAGGGAACUGUUCCUUAUAAACAUCUUCGUCCUCUUGCUCUAGUGAGUCUUGAAAACCACGGAGAGAUUUUAAUGACAAAUUUUGAAAAGAAAGAGGAGACUCAGCUGGAACAACAGAUACACCAAGAGCAACCUUUGCCGGCUCAUACCAACCACAACAAGCUGUCUGGGAAACAGCUGGUGCUGCGACGAGGGCUCCUGCUCCUUGGGGUCCUUUUAGUCUUGCUCGCUGGGAUUUUAGUGAGAGUAUAUGUCAAAAUUCAGUGAUGCGUGUGAGAAGGGCAUUCACUUGUCCUGACCCAAACAGUGGACUUUUAGGGACAAUUCUGCUUCUUCUUUUUUUUUUUUUUUUUUGGUACCGGGGAUCAAACUCAUGACCUCACACUUGCCAACAGGCGCUUAGGCCACUGAGCUAAAUCCUCAGUCCCAAUUCUUCAGUCUUGCAAGAAAGGGGUGCCCCCCCCCAACAAACAGGCUGAUGCGCGCAGUUUAACUCCUCUCCCUCCUUAACACACGGUUCCUUCCUCCUUUUCUCACUCGGGGUUUACUGGAAGCUCAAGUGUGUUUGAUAGAUGCCUAACUUCUUUCCCCUGCUCCCUGUUAGGCAAUGUGUGAGUUAGGGUAGAGUUCCAUUCUUAAUUGACUAUUUACCCCCUUUUGCUUUGGGUUAGAAACCCUUUCAAACGCAUGGCUGCAACAGACUAUUUAAAAUCUUUUCUAAGCAGUGGAGUUACCUCCUGAGAAGCCCAUAAGACAGCGACAAUAACUCGUCAGGGCUGGGGGUAUAGUCAGGGGUGCAGCCUGUGUUUAGCAUGCUGUAGGUCCUUGGUUUAAUCCCCAGGGCUGUCACCACUAUCACAACAAUGAAAAGAAAAACAAACAAAAAGAAAAUAUUGUUGACAAUGCAUUUAAUAUACCUUACCUACCAAACAUCCCAGCUGAGCAGCUGUAUCAUAGAGUGUCAGUCGCCCUCCUGACCAAGGAGCUGACCAGCGGAGCUGUGGCUGUUUGUUUAACAUCCUGAGAGAGAUUAUAGUACACAUUGCUACGUUGGGAAAAGCUUCAACUUUAAAGUACAGUUUCUAUUGACUAUGGUAAGCCGUUAAAAUUCAGAUCAUCUUAAAUUGGGGGCCACUUGUACUUCGGAGCUAAUAGAUAAAUAUAUCCUAGGCCCAGCAAUGGCAGUUCAUUUUCAGCUAAUGCAACUCAGCCGUACCCAUGGAUUUUUAAGAACCGAGAAUUCAAAUAUUUUUCUAAGGGAGAAAAAGAACCAACGUAAACGUUGUAUUUUGGCCCAAGACAAUGUUUGAAAGGUGACACUUGAGAAAUAAUUCAUUCUCCACAGUCUCAACUAAUGGUGAUUGUGUAUUGACUGCAUUUAUCUAUGGCUUUCAUAUUUCUCAUGCUUACUGUUUUCUAAGACACAAACCUAUGAAUAUGAAGUGCUUAAAGAUUCUUACUGUGUGAUUUUUAAAAAUACAUUUUACAAUAUA